AUGAGACAGCCCGAUGAGCGUGACGGCCUCUCUUUGUCCACCCCCUCAGAGGUGGAAGGCGAUCGCGGCUCGGGGGAGUCACCGGCGGACAAGGCGAAUGGAAAAGACAGCGCUCAGGAUGAUGUGCCCAAUAUCGCCAUCCUGGGAGCUGGUGGAGGUCUUCGAGCCAUGAUCGCCCUUCAUGGAACUAUGCAGGAGCUACAAAAGCAUGGUCUCUUGGACACCAUCAUGUACUUGUGUGGGGUCUCAGGUUCAACUUGGUGUAUGUCGUCUCUCUACAAAAAUGGGGACUGGACAGAGAAAUUGCAGGCCUUGGAGGAAAGUAUGUGUGCUAGACUUUCCAAAUACACCUGGAGUGUCCCAAAGGCAACAAAAAUGCUUCUCGAGGCAGCUAAAGAUGAAAAUUACUCCCUGACUGAGUUCUGGGCCUACACUGUGGUCUAUGGAAUGUUACAUGAACUGGACAAGGGACACUUGUCUGAGCAGCAGAGUGCUUCUGAGAAUGGAAAUAACCCCUACCCCAUCUAUGCAGCAGUGGAUGAGCGAAGUUUUUCCAAAGUAACUGAAUACUCUCCAGCAACCUGGUUUGAGUUCACCCCCCAUGAAGCCAGCUUCCUUGGCUAUGGAGCAAGUGUACCCAUGGAAUACUUUGGAAGUGAAUACAAGAAUGGGGAGCUAAAGAAGCAGAAAGAAGAGAAAAGCAUGAGUUACCUACAAGGUUUGUGGGGAAGUGCCAUUGGCAGCAAAACAGAAAAUGAAAAAGUCAUAAAAGAUAUAUUCUUUGGCUUCUUUAAGGGAGAAAAGGAAUCACAUUCACCAUCAAAAGAAAGUUGUCCAGAAGGAAUGGUCAAGGGGUUUCCAGCACCCACCAUUGAACCUGAAGCUGGUGAUAUGGAAGGCUCAUUGCAGAGUGAGCCAGCAGGAGCUUCACCAGGAGGCUUUUCACCAGAUACUAAGAACAAGUCAAUUACUGAAAACAUUAAAGGCGGAGGAGGCUCAGUGGUGGAUUUCGCUAGAAUGUGGCAAAAAACCACUCAUGGUCUCUUGACCUGGAAAUGGGGAACGAAUAAUAACUUUCUUUACAAAUGUUCUGCUCUUGACUCUACUGAGCUGGUGAAGGAUAAAGUCAUCUCCUUGGUAGAUGCUGGAAUAGCCAUAAACUGUGCUUUCCCUCUGGUUCUCCGCCCGGAAAGGAAAGUGAAACUGAUCCUCUCCUUUGACUAUGGCCCUUUUGAACCAUUUAAGGCCCUCAAGCAAACUGCCAAAUACUGUAAAGAAAACUGCAUCCCAUUUCCUGAGAUAGACGAGAAAUUACUCCAAGAGCCAGAUAACCCCUCUGACUGCUACAUCUUCAGAGGAGAGGGUGCUCCAACAGUCAUGCACUUCCCACUUUUCAACAGAGUGAAUUGCCCAGCCUAUGUGACAGAAUGGAGAAUUAGAUUCACCAUGCUUCGCUUUCUCUACCAUGUGGGAGACAUCACCAAACUCCUUCAAUCAGCCAGACUGAAUGUAUUGAACAACAAAGACAAGAUCCUACAAGAGAUCAAAUACAUUGUGGCUCACUCCAGGAAGGAGGCAAGCUCUUAA